AUGCGAAUUGCGCUCCUUCAGGACAUCGACGCAGCUUUAGCCAACCAGGAGCGGUUGUAUCUAAGUAAGUGCUUGGGCGGUCACGGGUAUAAUUAG